AUGGUUGCUGACCUGAGCAGCGUCAGUGAGUGCUUUUGUCGCUCGGCGCUCGAGCCCUCAGCUGACCCCAUAGCUGGACCGUUCUUCCUAGGAUUCAUGCUCGAGUCUUUUGGUGAGCUAUCCCUAUGCGCACAGCUGAUCUCAGGCAUGGGCGUCGUCUUUGUCCUCUCCGCCGACUAUCUCCUCAGUGUGGCUUCUCGGCGAAAACUAGCCUCUGAGAGUUCCCGUCGACUAGGCGUUGCCCUCGUCGUCGUAACAAUGACCAUCAGCGCCGCUCAAACGCUGGUCGACUUGGUGCGCGGCUUCAGAAUAUUCGGCACCAACUACAUGAACAUUGCCAAAUUUCUCUCGGCCGACCCCCUCUUCUUCGCCUCUCCCUUUCUCGGCAUCCUCUCGGCCUUCAUCGCCCAGCUCUUCCUCCUUCGCCGGAUAGUCCGCUUCCUCUCCUCACUCGAGUUAUUAUGGCCGUUCCUCUCGCGCAAAAUCAUCAAGAUCACCUUCACAACAAUCAUGAUUGCAUCGAUGGUAUUGGCGGCGGUGGCUGGCUCGAUAGCAUCGGCGCAAGUGUCGGGCACAAAUGGACUCUCGACGUUGGCAGCUGAUUGUAGAUUCCGCUUGUAUUCGGGCAUAUGGCUCGGUACGGCCGUCGGCGUCGAUUGUAUCCUCUGCUCCAUCCUCUGCGUGGAGCUAUGGUGGGCGCGGCGGAAGCUCAGUAUGAACGGGACGUCCAUGCAGGAGUUCAUGACGAGGCUUAUUCUCAUCACCUUUCACGGCGGCGCUGCUGUGACCGGUCUCCAAGUCGCGGUCCUCCUCUUAUACUACUACCGCCAGAACACCGCUUGGUGCUACUUCCCCAUGACCCUGCUACCCAAAGUCUACAACAUCACACUCAUCCUCUCCAUCUCCCUUCCUCAGUCCCAAGCUGGACGACCCCCGUCUCAGAUCUCCCUCCCCACCAUUCAGCCCGAUCUUGCCGCGAACGACUUCCGGAUAGGCUCCCCUACCAACUCCUCUGGGAUCUUUGACGGUCGGCAUGGAAACGUCCACGGACACGGGCUCGGUCAUGGUCGGCAUGUCAUUUUCAGGUCGGACGGGAGCGGCGGUGUCACUCCCGCUGGGGAUGAUCUGAAGAAGGAUCUGGAUGCGGAGAAGGAGGGUGGCAAGGAGAAGAGGGCGGGGACGCCGGGGAACGGCGCGAGGUUGUCGCAGAUCGUUCGGACGAGCUGGAAGCAGAAUCAGGGGCUGUUGAGCUGGAGCUUGAUACCUGGGGACAUGGCGGAACCUGAGAUGGAAGAAAGGGGCAGAUGGGGGAAGAAGGUUGACGAGGAUAUGGUGAGUCUCCUCUUAAAGAUAUUGAGGGGAGGGAGCUGA